GGUUUGAUUAUUAUAUCAAAAACAUCUCAGACGUGUGACCAGACAAUCUUGCAAACCUUCACUACUCUCUUCUCUCUCUAGAAGCAGCUUGCCUAAAAAUGGUUUCAUUCCCAAGGGUGCGCUAACUUGGAGCCGUUUAUUGGUUAAGGGCACAGGCUUGGCCCUAAUCUCUAAAGCAGGGAUGUUCAGCCUCAGUAAAAGGAAUAUCUGAUGGCAUGCCUGCAUGCUGCGUCCUAAUAUUUUUCCACCUCAGCCCUUGCUGACAAAAGUUAAGUGACUGUCAACAUUGUCUCAACUGGACUUCCCUUAGUUGAGGAGCCCCUUGUACCUUUAUGACCAUCCACCAUCUCCUUGGAGCUGGGGUGCAGUGCUGGGGCAGGGGGUCCUUCCUAGGUGCACCCUGACAGGUAGUUGUUGGCCUCGCCCUUCAGUGGGCUUCCUGUAGGCCCUCAGCAUUAGCAGAUGGUGCCUUCGUCUUCCUCAGCGCUGUCCCCUAGCUGCUGAGCACAGUGUUCAGGGCUGGCCUAAGACCAGGUGGGAACGAGAUCCUGGUCCAACAAGUGGGCUUCAUUCAGCCUGAGGUGGUCAAUUAAAGCGCCCACCUGCCCUGAGGACGUUGCCAGCCCACUGGGCGCAUUUGUUUAAACUCAAGGGUUAGCGUUCCCCUGUAUCUCUACUGAAUUUCACCUUCUUGCUCUCUGUCCACUGUUGUCAUGCCCAUGCUUUUAUUUUUUUCUUAAUAAACUUUUUAUUGUGGAACACUUCUAGCUGUGUAGAAGCUCAUGUUAUUUUGAAUCUUCUUUAUUCAGCUUUGGACUUAUCCAUCUCUCAGAUUUUCGUGAGAGUUUAAUGCACUUCAUCCAAACCUGAUGGAGACACUGAGCAGCAGAGAGCGUGGGGCAGAGUCGGUUAAGAGUCCUCUAGGGAUCUUCCUUCAAGUUCGCGGACAACAGGUUUCUCCAGCUGUGGUCCUGCUGCCUCGUGCAUCUUGUAGGUCACAUCAUAUUGGAACCAGGAAGAGCAGCUUUAACGUUACGCUGAACUGAAGCCAGUGGGUGCCUCUGGGUCUCCCCGUGUCUGUGUGGAGCCACUGGUCCUGUCAUUAUGUCUGCUGUGACUGAAUAUUCAUAACCGCCUCCUGGGGACAUUCUCCUGCAGUGCCCUUCUAAUUAGAGGGAAUGUGUGAUGGCAGUGGCAGACUGCUUUUAGGUCUGGAGUAGAAACUCAUUAUGGAAAGUUUACUUACAGGAAGCAGUGUUCUGAGGUGACCUUAGGUUGGGCAUCCUGUUUGACUCAAAUAGAUGGCAGAAAUUUAUUUUUGCCCUUAGAACAACCAGUGUGUAUUUCGAGUGCUGUAAGGUUUUCGAGAAUUGAAAGCACAUCUCCUCUGAGUGGACUUGGUUUGCUAUGUCGCAGCUGUCCUUUCCCUUGAGUGUACGCGGCUUGUUACCUACUGCAGUAGCCCCUUUUCUCGACCUCCUCUGCAUGUGUAUUGGGAUUGUUAAAAACUCCUUAGAGCAAGAACUUUUGCCUCUUACGGUGCCGUGGAGUAUGUAGUGGCCGCUUGUAAGGUGGACUAGGCUGACCUUGAUCCUAGUUCCAUUGAAGCCCUUCACGAUUGCAUGGUGAAAGUUCAUGGCCAGAGGUGUACGUCAGCGUGUCAGACCUCCUCAGAGCUGUCUGUUCUUCCUCAUUAGUGGACUGCUAUUGCCCACCUGAUGAAAACCAGAAACUUGACAGAAAUGAUAGAUCCUGAAGUCGCCAAAGGCCCCUGGUAUGAAGUGCAAAGAGAACAGUGCUGGUCUCCUAGCUGGCUAUUAUUUGUUGGUACAAACAGCAUUGUCAGAAACACAGGAUCCUGAAGAGGUCUCAGUCACUGUCAAGGCCUUCAUGACAGCUGACCUGCCUAACGAACUGAUUGAGCUGCUGGAGAAGGCGGUUCUGCAUACCUCUGUCUUCAGUGAGCACAGGAAUCUCCAGAAUCUGCUGAUCCUGACCGCCGUUAAGGCGGACCACACACGGGUCAUGGAAUACAUAAGCCACCUGGACAACUGCGAUGCCCCAGCCAUUGCCAGCAUUGCUGUCAGCAGUGCCCUGUACGAGGAGGCGUUUGUCAUCUUCCGCAAGUUUGACAUGAAUGCCUCAGCAAUCUGGGUGAGGGUCCUGAUCGAGCACAUGGGAAAUCUAGACCGAGCAUACGAGUUUGCAGAGAGAUGCAAUGCGCCUGCUGUGUGGAGUCAGCUGGCCCGUGCCCAGCUCCAGAAAGACUUGGUGAAGGAAGCCAUCGACUCCUACAUCAGAGCUGAUGACCCUUCCUCUUACCUGGAGGUCGCUGAGGCAGCCAGUAGGAGCAGUCCACCUCGGGAAGUAUCAGGCAGCGGUGGACAGCAGCGCCAAGGCCAAGAGCACGUGGACGUGGAAGGAGGUGUGCUUUGCCUGUGUGAAUGGGCAGGAGUUCUGCCUUGCACAACUGUGUGGUCUUCACAUCGUUGUUCAUGCAGACGAGCUGGAGGAACUGAUACACUAUUACCAGCCGCAGAAGAUGCCGGAGCACCUGGAGCUCUUCUGGUCCCGUGUCAACAUCGCAAAGAUGCCUGGAGAGAAGGGCAGUUCAAGGACAUCAUUGCCAAGGUUGCCGAUGUGGAACUCUGCUGUAAAGCCCUGCAGUUCCAUGUGGAUUACAGACCUCUGCUCAUCAACCACCUGCGGCUUAUGCUGGCGCCCCGGCUGGACCACACCCGGACUGUCGGCUUCUUUUCAAAAGCGGGCCAGCUGCCUCUGGUGAAGCCUUACCUGUGGUCAGUUCAGGGCCACAACAACAAGAGUGUGAAUGAGGCGCUCAACCACCUGCUGAUGGAAGAGGAGGAUUAUCAGAACCCUAGGAGAGCGUCUGUCAAUGCUUAUGACAACUUUGACAACAUCGCCCUGGCACAGCGGUUGGAGAAUCACCAGCUGAUCGAGUUCAGGCACAUUGUUGCUUAUCUGUACAAGGGCAGCAGCUGGUGGGCCCAGAGCGUGGCGCUCUGCAAGAAAGACCAUCUCUACAAGGUGGACAGACUGGAUGCCUUAGAGAGUCUACACAAGCAAGAGGAGCGUGUGGUGGAGCCCUCCCUUCUCCUGUUUGACCAUAACCCGCCGCCGCCGCCGCUGCUGCCCCCGCGGACCGAGCGCCCAAAGCAGGAGGCUCGGACCCGAGGCCGACGUCGGGCGUCUGCCUGCUCGCCCGCCAUGGCCGCGCCGCGCGCUCUGGCGGCCGCCGCGCCGGCGCCCGGGAAGGCCAAGCUCACGCACCCGGGGAAGGCGAUCCUGGCAGGCGGCCUGGCGGGCGGCAUCGAGAUUUGCAUCACCUUCCCCACCGAGUACGUGAAGACGCAGCUGCAGCUGGACGAGCGCUCGCAUCCCCCGCGCUACCGGGGCAUCGGGGACUGCGUGCGGCAGACUGUCCGUAGCCACGGCGUCCUGGGCCUGUACCGAGGCCUCAGCUCCCUGCUCUACGGCUCCAUCCCCAAGGCGGCAGUCAGAUUCGGGACGUUCGAGUUCCUCAGCAACCACAUGCGAGACGCCCAGGGACGGCUGGACAGCACACGCGGGCUGCUGUGCGGCUUGGGCGCUGGCGUGGCGGAGGCCGUGGUGGUCGUGUGUCCCAUGGAGACCAUCAAGGUGAAGUUCAUCCACGACCAGACCUCCUCCAACCCCAAGUACAGAGGGUUCUUCCAUGGUGUCAGAGAGAUUGUGCGGGAACAAGGGCUAAAGGGGACAUACCAGGGCCUCACAGCCACCGUCCUGAAGCAGGGAUCCAACCAAGCCAUCCGCUUCUUUGUCAUGACCUCUCUGCGCAACUGGUACCGAGGGCCUGGAGGCACACAAAUACCGGAACACGUGGGACUGCGGCUUGCAGAUCCUAAGGAACGAGGGGCUCAAGGCAUUUUACAAGGGUACUGUCCCACGCCUGGGCCGGGUCUGCCUAGACGUGGCCAUUGUGUUCAUCAUCUACGACGAGGUGGUAAAGCUGCUAAACAAAGUGUGGAAGACGGACUGAGCUCUGAGGGUCUGCGUGGGGGCCGUCCCCAGGUGCCUCCAGACAAGCCCCCACUGUCCUCUUCUCACGAUUCCAGUGCAGUCGUGCCAAAAGGCCCCCUUCCCCUGACCCUCGCACUUCGUGGCCUGGGUCUGGCCCCUGUGGCCAUUAAGUCCACCUGUCCCAUAGUGCUGUGUGUCUCCUGUGGCCUGUGUGACACUGUUGUGUCCAUGAAUCCGGCUGAGGCUGGGUGAUCCUCUGGCCUGUGAAUCUGUGCCCACUUGUCCAUGUGCUUAUUCACGAGCCAUGUGCUUGUGUUUCGUGUUCCAUGUCACAUGACCCUAUGACCCACUUCCCGGGGUGCCUGUGUGGCCUGGGUCCACGGCCCUGUAGCCAUGGCCCAGUCCCAGCCCGGUGCCUUCCACCCUGGGCAGCAGGGGCAUCUGCCCCAGCCUACCACAGCUGCCUCCGGGCCUCAGCCUGGCCUCACCGCAUUCCAGGGGCUGCGUGCCCCCUGCUUCUCCUGCCACUGGCCUUAACUGGUCCUCGGGCCCUCCCUCUGCCCAGGAUAGGGUGGCACCUGCCGCUCUCAGGACCACCCUCCCAAGGCAGAAUAAACUGGAUCCUAUCACAGUC